AUGAUUCAAGCAGCAAAAAUUCUCGAGCAGAGGAGCCACCUCAUACCUGGCAAGCUUCGAAUCACGGAGCACUUCUUCCAAGUACCCCGUGACUACUCAAACCCAUCCCUGGGAACAAUCCAACUCUUCGCUCGCUCAGCCCUAAAAGCCGAGAAGCCCGCAGACUACACGCCAACGUCGCACCUCGAAAAAGCCAAGACUCAGCUCCCAUGGCUCAUAUACUUGCAAGGCGGCCCAGGCUUUGAAUGCCACCCACCCCAAAAUGUAUCUUGGACGCACACCAUACUCGACAAAGGGUACCAAGUACUCCUGCUCGACCAGCGAGGGACAGGCCUAUCAACCGCUAUAAGCCAGUCGAGUCUGCAGCUGAGGGGUGAUGAGAAAGUGCAGGCAGACUACAUGAAGAGCUUCCGAGCAGACAGCAUUGUUAAAGAUUGUGAGGCUGUGAGGAAAGCAUUGACAGCCGAUUAUCCCGAAGAGAAGAAGAAAUGGAGCAUCAUGGGCCAGAGCUUUGGCGGUUUCUGCUGCACGACGUACCUCUCGUUUUACCCUGAAGGUGUCAAAGAAGCGUUCCUGUUUGGAGGUCUACCACCAUUAAGAGACAAUGCAGACGAAGUUUAUGGCCGGCUAUAUGCACGUGUCAAGAGCAGAAACGAAGGGUACUACCAGAAAUACCCGGAGGAUGUGGAAAGAGUCAAACGCAUCGUCAAGCUGCUCUCCCGCUUUGGCGAUACCACAGUGCGCGUCCAAGGCGGCGAAGGCCACCUCUCUGCACGCCGUUUCCUCCAGCUAGGUAUCUACUUUGGCAAGCACGGCGGCUUCGACGAUGUACACAAUUUCGUCCUACGCGCGGAUACUGAUCUCACGCAAUUCGGUCAUUUGACACGCCCGACUGUGCUCGCACUCGAAGCAGCACAGAGCUGGGACACGAACGUCAUUUACGCUCUGCUCCACGAGCCCAUCUACUGCCAAGGCCAAGCUGCGAAUUGGUCCGCUGAACGCAUGCUCGACGAACACCCCGAGUUUUCUCUCUCCCGCGUUGACUCGAAAGAUCCUAUCUACUUUACUGGCGAGAUGAUUUAUCCCUUCAUGUUCGACUGCUAUCCUGAGCUCAAGAAACUCAAGAAAGUAGGGGAGCUGCUGGCCGCAGAAAAGGACUGGCCAAAGCUAUACGACGUGGAGCAGCUGAAGAAGAAUGAGGUACCGACAUAUGCGGCUGUGUACAUGGAUGACAUGUACGUAGACUUUAACUUGAGUAUGGAGACGGCCAGCACGAUCAAAGGCUGCAAGCCCUUUAUAACAAACAUGAUGUACCACAACGGCAUCGGCGCAAAGACGGACGAGGUACUCAAGCAAAUCUUCUCGUUGAGAGAUGAUGUCAUAGAUUAG